GCCCAGGAAGCUCACUGCUCACUGCUGGACCCUGGAACCAGAGCAGGCGGGGCCAGCCCCUGCUGGGCCAAGAGCAACCCUUAGCUGGAGAGAUCUGGAGGGAAGGGCCUCCUCCCUUCAAGGACCAUCCGCCGGCUGGCCGCGCAGUGAGGGAGCCGAGUCUACAUGGACCCUGGGCGUCGCACCAGAGCGCGCUGAGAGGUGGCCAGCAAGCCGACCGGUGGAAUAGCCCGUCUCAGCUGGGAUAAUAUACAGGGCGCCCCAGAAGAUCGCUGCGCACGGAUUGUAUUAUGGAACUGAGUCUGCCCAAGACUAUCUCUCCCUAUGUGGAUUUAGGUGGGAUGAAUUUGGAAAGGCUCCCCGACGGCUUAAGACCUUCUCAGGCGCCCCACGACAUGGCUUCCAGCUUCCAUUUGCAAAGAUCUUCCGAAGCCAGAGAACCGAUUGAGAAUUCCGCCAGCGAAUCGUCAGACACCGAGGCACCAGAAAAAGAGCGAGGCGGAGCUCAAAAGAGCGACGAUGGGAAUGCCGACGAUCCGGCAAAGAAGAAAAAGCAAAGGCGGCAAAGGACUCACUUUACCAGUCAGCAACUUCAGGAGCUGGAGGCCACUUUCCAGAGGAACCGCUAUCCCGACAUGAGCAUGAGGGAGGAGAUCGCGGUGUGGACCAACCUCACGGAGCCCAGAGUCAGGGUGUGGUUCAAGAACCGGCGCGCCAAGUGGCGGAAGCGGGAGCGCAACCAGCAGAUGGACCUGUGCAAGAACGGCUACGUGCCGCAGUUCAGCGGCCUGAUGCAGCCCUACGAGGACGUGUACGCCGGCUACCCGUCCAACUACUGGCACGCCAAGAGCCUGGCGCCGGCGCCGCUCUCCUCCAAGAGCUUCACCUUCUUCAACUCCAUGAGCCCGCUCUCGUCGGCGCAGUCCAUGUUCUCGGCGCCCAGCACGCUGCCCACCAUGAGCAUGCCGUCCUCCAUGGGCCACUCGGCCGUGCCGGGCGUGCCCAACGCCGGCCUCAACAACCUGAGCGGCUCGUCGCUCAACACGGCCAUGUCGUCGCCCGCCUGCCCCUACGGCCCGCCGGGCUCCCCCUACAGCGUCUACAGGGACACUUGCAACUCCAGCUUGGCCAGCCUGCGGCUGAAAUCCAAGCAGCACUCGAACUUCGGCUACAGCAGCCUGCAGAGCCCCGGCUCCACGCUCAACGCCUGCCAGUACAACAGUUGACGGGCCUCCCCCGUCAAGGGACCGGCUGCGGCGCCCAGGGGCAAGAGGAGGCACGACGAGGAGGAGACGCUCUGGAGGGGGGAAGAGAAGGACGGACGGACCAGCCAUCUCUGGCCAGGAGAGAGGAGGGAGAGUGACGCCCAAAUCGAACCUAAAUUCAUGGAUGAGUUGCAAUUUUUUUUUUCUCCUCUGGAUGAUGCGGGUUUUGUAUGUGUGUUUACUUGAACUUGCACAGGACUUUCUGCUAUAAGCGUCCACUUUAUACAAGGAAAUACGGUAACGGU